UACUAAACAACAUAACCUUACCCUAGUGAAUUACUUGUUUUUACUUACAUCUUACAUAUAUUUUUGAUUAAUACUAUCCCCUUGAUAGAAUGUUCCUAUCCAGAUUAUUUAUACCAUUACGGCACAUUAAUGCAAUGGGACUUUUAAGAUAUUCACGAAGAGCUGCAUUUAAAAAAAUGCAGAACGAAAAACGUUUGGGACAAUUUAUUUCUGACCCUGUAAUAGAAAGUACUCAGGAUGUAGCUAGUUUGAAAAACACAAUACUGAAUAAUGUAGAAGCGUUUUCAACAGAAAAUAUUGAUCGUAACUUACUUAUACAUUUCAUAAAUAACAAACAGUUCAGUACUGCCCUCAAGUAUAUACAAUUUCUUGAUGAAGAUACUAAGAAUAAAUUGAAUUUAUUUCUGAUUAAUCAGCAGUUUCUGAUAUACUUUUAUAAACGAUAUAAUGAUGGAAAUCUUUCAACAAGUGAGCAACAGUUAAUAAUACAACUGUACAAUAAUUUGAAACAAAAAUCAACUAUUUUGGAUUGUACUUCACUAGAAAAUUCUAUAUUAGCUUUAUCAGUAACUGCUAAUUGGAAACAUUGCAUAACUUUAUUGGAUGAUUUGAAAAAAAUUGAAAGUCCAAGUGGUACUGUCUAUAGUGCUGUAAUAGCAGGAGCUUUCUUAAAUGAUGAAGAGGAAACUGCAUUUACUCUUUUAAGGGAUAUGUUCGCUGAACAGAAACAACCCCAUGCUAACAUGUUCAAAGCAUAUUUUGAAAAGUUGAAAAAGUUAUCUGGGGGAAAAGAAAUCUUACUACAUCUAGAUAAACUCCUUAAAAUGUGUUCUGACAAUAAUAUCAUUUUAACUGAUAAUAUAUCAUUGGAACUCUGUAAAGUGUUAGAUAAUUCCGGACUUUCUUAUGAACAUUCAAUUGUAAAUAACAAUGGCUUUUGUGGAAAUUGUAAACAGAAACUUGAAGUUGCAAAUAUUAGCGAUGAUGUAUUUGAAAAUUUGAAGAAAAAAAUUCUUGAAAAUGUUAUUGUUGGAAAAAAUAUAUUCAGCAAAACAACACCAGCAGAAUUAUCUAGAUUUCAAAAAUUCCUCAAGACUUUGAAUAAUGUUGAUGUUAUUAUAGAUGGACUUAAUAUUGCCUAUGUUUGUGGAACUAAUCAAACUACUAAAGUGUAUGCAACCCUUUUAGCACAUGUUGUUGCGCAUUUUGUUGAGAGAAACAAAAAAGUAGUGGUUCUUGGAAGGAAACAUAUGGAAUCAUGGCCAAAAAAGGAAUGGGGUUACGUUAAAAGGAAUGCCGAUUUAUUUUUAACGGAAAAUCUAUCUCUUGACGAUCCUUACUUACUCUACUGUGCUUUACAUUGUGGAAAAAAUUCCACAAUAUUGAGCAGAGAUUUGAUGAGAAGUCAUCUCUUUUUAUUGAAGGAUCCUAAGGAUAAAAUAAUGUUUUCUAGGUGGUUAGAACAGAGCCUGUUGCAAUUAUCCUUUGUCAGAAAUGACGGGAAAGUAUUUUUUAAAUAUCCUCGACCAUAUACGAGAAUUGUACAACAUAACAAUAAACAUUUACAUAUACCAUUGAGAGUUGUGGAGGAUCAAACUGAGGACAUCAAUAAAAAUGCUGAUAAGUGGCUGUGUAUAAGAAAACCUUGAAUGUAAGCAGUAUAUUUUCGAAAUGAAAAAUUUUUUGAAUUCAAUCAAUAAAUAAUUGGAUGUCUAAGGAUUUUAUAUGCUACAAUAAGCUAAUUUCAAAGAUUAUAAUAUUGUAUAUGUAUAAAACUUUACAAUAAAAAAACAUUUCGUUUAUAUGCAUUAAACAAUAAAAGAAUAACUUAUAUGUAUUAAACAACAGACGAAUAAUUUUAAGAGCACUACCAAUUUUAUAUAAUGUUUU